GCUACCGCCAUGUCUGCUGUGCCUGUCGAGGUCUGUGAGGUGAUCAUCGAUUAUGUUGCACUCGAAAGUACUGCACCUGUUCCUUCGGGCCUUGCGCCUCAGUAUCAAUUCCGACGGCGCUAUAUGGAUUUGGUGUACUGCGCCCUCACAUGCCGCGCCUGGUUACCCCGGAGCCGCUAUCACCUGUCUACGCGUACGUUCAUCAAUAGCCGACAGAAGCUGGAGCGGACCACGAAGUUCUUGAAGGCCAAUCCAUCGAUGGCUGCCUUGAUUCGUGAUCUAUAUAUCUGCUCCCCGCCACGCCCAUAUGUUUACGACCAUGAUAGCCACAGCUUCACUCACUGGACCCAUCUGAUUGCCCUGCGUCUGUCCGGUAUCAUUCCCGCCCUAAACAAACUCGUCCUUGUCGACCUGAACUGGCGCUUUCUUCAUCCUAGCUUCUUCGUAGUAGCACCCCAGCUGACAUCUACGGUGACGACUCUGUGGAUAUACAGCCUUUCCUUGAGCAAUCCCGGACGUCUGACGGCCUUGUUGUCCAUGUUCUCCUCGCUCCAGAACCUCGACCUCGUAAACGUCAUCUUUGACUCUGCAAGGAGAUCCGACUCCGGCCUCAGAAAGGCUGCGGACUUGCCCAAUUUGCAACGGGUUCGUCUCAAGCGUACGGUCCAUCUCGAGUCUGUCCUGUCGUGGCUGUCGCCCAGAGCCCGCAGCUUGCGAUCUCUGGCUGUAGACGUGCACACGCCGUAUCAGCCACUUCGUGAACUUUUACUACAACUUCCUCUCCUGUCCGAACUGCACCUCUCAUUCGCUCGAUCUCCUGGCACGAAGUUUGAUGACUUCAUCGGAAACUUGAAUUUCAGUCGACUACAUUCUCUCCACUCACUGGCUGUGAGGGCCGAAAACGACAGCAUUGCUGCGUUGGCCAGGCCUUUAUCCACGAUGAACGGAGCCGCUCUGAAUACGGUCGCAUUACAUCUACAACCCCGCAUGAUUACCGUGUAUCAAUCCGUGGCUGGGGCAACGCCAGGGUGGGCCUCCCUCGAUGAAGAGCUCUCAAAGCUGGCAAAGCUCAAAAACAUUACGAUGCAUUUGAAGGCGCCCGAAGGCGAUUACCCUAUUCAGGACCUCCUGCCGAGGGCCCACAAACGGGGAAUCGUGAACGUUACACCCUUCAAAUUUGAGGAAUAGCCAUGUCAAUUGCGUCAUGUGUUGGAAGAAGAGCUCGGCGGGCCGUCAGCGCAGACACCCCUCUCAAUCCCCUCAACUCCAAAGCUGGCGUCAGCAGGGUUGACGGGUAAGCCACGCCAUGCGUCAA